GCGGUCGGUGCCUCGGCGCGAGGCGGGCGCGGGGCGCGCGCGCGGGGCCCGCUCGGCGGUUCCCAUGGUGAUCGCGCGCGCCCGGCCGGUCCCGGCGCACCCCCCCCGCUCCGCGCGCGCCCUUCCCGCCCGCGCGGGGCCAUGUCCCGCGGGCGCUGCCCGCACCUGCUCUGGGACGUGCGGAAGCGGACCCUCGGGCUGGAGGAGCCCGGAUUGCUGCGCAGGCACUACCUCGGGAGAAGAGAAUUUAUCCAAAGAUUAAAACUUGAAGCAACCUUGAAUGUCCAUGAUGGAUGUGUGAAUACAAUUUGCUGGAAUGAUACAGGAGAAUAUAUCUUAUCUGGUUCAGAUGACACCAACCUGGUAAUUAGUAAUCCCUACAGUAGAAAGGUUCUCACAACGAUUCGCUCAGGACACAGGGCCAAUAUAUUCAGUGCAAAGUUCUUACCAUGCACCAAUGACAAACAGAUUGUUUCAUGUUCUGGAGACGGAGUCAUUUUCUACACGAAUGUUGAACAGGAUGCAGAGACCAACAGGCAAUGCCAGUACACCUGCCACUAUGGGACUACCUACGAGAUUAUGACAGUACCAAAUGAUCCCUACACUUUCCUCUCUUGUGGUGAGGAUGGCACCGUGAGAUGGUUUGAUACCCGCAUCAAAACAAGUUGCACGAAGGAAGAUUGUAAAGAUGAUAUUUUAAUAAACUGUCGUCGUGCUGCCACCUCUGUUGCUAUCUGUCCACCCAUCCCCUACUACCUGGCUGUGGGCUGUUCUGACAGCUCAGUGAGGAUCUAUGACAGGAGAAUGCUUGGCACAAGAGCAACAGGGAAUUAUGCUGGCAGGGGCACCGUUGGAAUGGUGGCACGUUUUGUCCCUCCUCAUCUCAACAACAAAUCCUGCAGGGUAACAUCCCUGUGUUACAGUGAAGAUGGCCAAGAGAUCCUUGUGAGCUACUCCUCAGAUUACAUUUACUUGUUUGAUCCCAAGGAUGACACAGCACGAGAACUUAAAGUCCCAUCUGCAGAAGAGAGAAGGGAAGAGUUACGUCAGCCUCCCGUUAAACGUCUGCGGCUCAGAGGGGAUUGGUCAGAUACUGGGCCAAGAGCAAGGCCUGAGAGUGAGAGAGAGAGAGAUGGGGAGCAGAGUCCCAAUGUCUCUCUGAUGCAGAGGAUGUCAGACAUGCUGUCAAGGUGGUUUGAAGAAGCCAGUGAAGUCGCACAGAGCAAUCGAGGACGAGGAAGGUCACGGUCCAGAGGUGGGACUAAUCGAACGGAUGCUCCUGCUACUAAUAACAUGGCCCCCAGUAGAGAAUCAGAAACUGCAAUGGAAGUAGAUGGUUCUGAACAGCUUCCAUCAUCUUCCUCUUCUACCAUGUCAGCUCAAGCUCCUUCAACGUCAUCUUCAACAGAAAGUCCCCCUUCAACUUCAUUACUGUCCUCUCCUGAUAAUGAGCAAAGGCCUUCUUUAGGGGCCUCAACUCAGCCUGUGCUGCAUCAGUCUGAGUUAAUGGGACCCGAGUUAGCAAUAAUCCGUAGGGGCCUGCAGCGACUGAGGCUUAAGAAGGCAGAGCAGCAGAGACAGCGAGAGCUGGCUGAGGGUUCUGCACCACAGCCCUCCUCUUCUGAGCAGGCCACCCCUAAGGGCUCCUCACAGGAUCCCCAGGCAGCAGAUUCUCCUUCUUCAGUGGUUAACAAACAGCUUGGAUCCAUGUCACUUGAUGAGCCACAGGAUAGCAAUAGUGAUAAGCCACGAACAGGAACAGGUGAACCAGUUUUAAGUUUGCACUACAGUACAGAAGGAACAACUACAAGCACAAUAAAACUGGACUUCACUGAUGAGUGGAGCAUCACAAAUUCAAGCUCUAGAGGGAGUGGAGGUCAUUGCAAAACUGAAGGCCAAGAAGACUCUGUAAAAACAAAAGCUUCCGACGAGUCAGGGCCUGAUGGGGAAGAAACAAGGGUUCCUGAUGAAUCUCUCAAGGAAGAUGCAAGUGCUGAAGAGCUGAAAAAUACAGAUGAAGCUGUAGAGACAACAGAAGCAACAGUAUCAGAUAAACCUGCUCCCGAGCACUCAGGAACUGAACCAGAAAGGGACGGCCCCGGUGCUGGCGCCGUCUCUGGGAACGCAGAGGGAGAAGGCUCCUGUGCAGAGGGUGCAAACCAAGACCCUCGCAGUCAGGGCGCUGACCCCGCUGCCGCUGUGCUGCUGGCGAGCGAGGAGCCUCUGUCCCAGCCGGAAUCCUCCGGGCUCGCAGCUCCGGACGAGGCCUCCAGCAGGAGCUCGGCUCUGCAGGAAACCGAUGACAGCGAUGACGACCCCGUCCUGAUCCCAGGGGCCAGGUAUCGAGGAGGCCCUGGACACAGAUAUAAUAUCAGAGGAACAGCGAUAGGUGAUAGAAUAAUGAGACGAUCCGCUGUCGCCCGCAUCCAGGAGCUCUUCAGGAGGAGGAAGGAGAGGAAGGAGAUGGAGGAGCUGGAAACGCUCAAUAUCAGGCGCCCCUUGAUAAAGAUGGUUUAUAAAGGUCACCGCAACUCCCGGACCAUGAUAAAGGAAGCCAACUUUUGGGGAUCCAACUUUGUCAUGAGUGGCUCAGACUGCGGCCACAUUUUCAUCUGGGACCGCCACACUGCUGAGCACCUCAUGCUGCUGGAGGCUGACAACCACGUGGUGAACUGUCUGCAGCCUCACCCCUUCGACCCCAUUCUGGCCUCUUCGGGUAUUGAUUAUGAUAUAAAAAUUUGGUCGCCACUGGAAGAAUCCAAGAUUUUUAACAGAAAACUUGCAGAUGAGGUUAUAACUCGUAAUGAAUUAAUGCUGGAAGAGACCAGAAACACCAUCACUGUUCCAGCUUCCUUCAUGCUCCGAAUGUUGGCUUCGUUGAAUCAUAUAAGAGCAGACCGAUUGGAAGGUGACAGAUCAGAAGGAUCUGGCCAGGAGAAUGAAAAUGAAGAUGAAGAGUAACCAACAAUUGUGUGUGAGCACCUGGAAGUCAAUAAAUUUGUAUAAAACAUUAAUUAUAUUUUUCCGUACAGAGCUUUAGUGCAAUUCUGAGGUAUUGCUUUUGGAUAACCUAACCUUUUGUUUAUUUUUUUUUUUUUUGAAUGACUGUGUGCAUGACUUGGGGAGAGUGUGCAAGUUAAAAUAAGCAAAAAUGUUUUUAAAAUGUUUUGCCAUGUAUGAGGGGUGCUAGAAGAUGCCAAGUGCAAUAUUUUCCUUAAACAGCAAAUGUGGGAGCUUGGAUCAAUGUUUUAAAGUAACUUUCAUGAUAGUAAAAACGUUGGUUCAAAUAAAUUUCUAUACCUGCUGUUUGCAUGUUUGUUGCUUUCUAAUUAAAAUAUUUGGUUGUUUUAA